UCAUCCCAUUGUAAUAAAUCUUAUAAAGCAAUUGAUUAUUUGCUAAAUGUGAAAAAUAUUUUUCAAUGAAUAUCAAGUCUUCCUUUCUUUGAUUAAUAAUAUUAGGAAAAAUAUUUGUGUAGAACGUGGAAAAGAUGCCGGACCUUGGCUUUAGAAACAAAAAAAAAACAAGUCAAAAACCAUUCUUUCCUUAAUCCCCGUUGAUAGGUUCCUUUCAUUUCAUUUCCGUUUUUGUUAAUAUAUUAGGUGAUUCGACUGUUUGUCGCUGUAUAUAUUUUAUAUUUAUAAAUUCCCAAAAUAAAGAAAAAGAAAACAAAAAAGAAGCCGGAAUCCAGCGGCUUCCAUCUCUUUCUCUUUUUCAAAAACCAAAUCCCUGAUUUCUUCCUCAAUUUCUGCUGAUUUUUUCUCCGAUUCCGAGGGGAAUGUAAAGUGGUGCAUACUAUAUUUGAAAUGUCAAGUUGAUUAUAAUUCAAAUUAAAGCAAUUAUAAACUGGAAGAAUACAGAUUCGAAGAGGCAACAGAAAAUUCAUCUUCUUAGACUGAUUGGUUGAGGUACGUGCUCUGAUAUUGGUUUCUGGAAAGGAAACUAUGGAGAUAAAAUCUUACCAAAAUCAGGCUGAGCUGCUGGUAAAGGAAUAUUUACUAGCAGAUUCCUUCAUCCCAUACACAUCAGUUAUUUGUGGCGUUUGUGCUUGCAAGAUGGUCUAUGAUCUUACACAGAAGUUUAGCAAUAUUUACUUCAAGAGCUACCCUAGCCUAUCAAAAGUCCAACGCACUGAGUGGAGCAACCGAUCCAUAUCAACCUUUCAUGCUGUUUUCAUAACAGUUAUGUCCUUAUACUUCGUGUUUUGGUCAAAUCUCUAUUCUGACUACCAAUAUGCUGGCCCAGUUACUUUCCGCAGUUCUGCACUGUCUACAUUCACGUUGGGGGUAUCUGUUGGUUACUUUCUUGCUGACAUUGGGAUGAUCAUUUGGUUUUACCCUUCUCUAGGUGGAAUGGAGUAUGUCCUUCAUCAUCUUCUGUCAGUAGCAGGUGUAGCAUAUUCUAUGUUGACUGGGGAGGGUCAGCUUUACACCUUCAUGGUACUCAUCUCUGAGACUACAACCCCUGGGAUCAACUUGAGAUGGUAUCUUGAGACAGCUGGAAUGAAGAGAUCCACAGCUUACUUAAUUAAUGGAGUUGUAAUAUUUGUUUCAUGGCUGGUUGCUAGAAUACUCCUGUUUAUGUAUCUAUUUUACCACAUCUACUUGCACUAUGAUCAGGUUAAGCUGGUGCACCACUUCGGGCUAUUGUUAAUAUUCGUUGUGCCUUUAGUCCUUUCUGUUAUGAACUUAAUGUGGUUUGGAAAGAUUAUCAAGGGAUUAAAGAAGACAUUAGCGAAGAGACAGUGAAAAGGUACAUUGAAACCGACUCUGAUGAGGUGACAUUGGCAAAGAAAAUCCUUCUAUCAGGCUUAAUGUCAUGUGCAUUCGCACUCUCCACUUUGUUAAUGUGUAAAUGGUAUAAAGGGUAGAGGUGAAAACCAUACAGCCGUCGCAGUUUCUGAUUCAAUGUUACAAAUUAUCUUGUAAUGCAGAAGCACGAUUGAUCGGAUAUGUACUUUCUAGCAAUGUGGCAAUUUAUACUUUUAGACAAACUAUAUUAUUAUUAAAUCUCAAAUUUCAUAAUUUUCUCAUUUAAUGGAAACAAUCAAAUGUAAAUAUGCAAAAAGAUCAAUCUAUACUUUAAGCAGACUACAUUGUAAAUCUCAAAUUUCAUAGUUCUGUGCUCUAACGAAGUCAAUCAAAUGUAGACAUGUA